GCCCCCCCGGACGCUGCCAUUCCGGAGGCCGGGGCUGCUCUCUAGAUGGGAGGAUAAGCUGUAACUAUGUUCAGCUUUGAAGGGGAAUUCAAGACCAGGCCCAAGGUGUCCCUCGGAGGAGCCAGCAAGAAGGAGGAAAAGGCAUCACUUUUGCAUCGUACACAGGAGGAGAGACGGAAACGAGAGGAAGAAAGGAGAAGGCUGAAAAAUGCAGUAAUCAUCCAGUCCUUUGUUCGAGGGUACAGGGACAGAAAACACCAAUAUUCCAUUCAGAGGAGUGAAUUUGAUCACUAUGCUAACUUAGCACAAUCUGGAGGAAAUUUCUCCACUGCCAACGGAGCAAAUCUGACUCUCCUAGUUCGUCAGCUUCUGUUUUUCUAUAGACAUAAUGAGGAUUCCAAACGUUUGAUUUGGAUAUGUCAAAACCUGAUUAAACAAAAUUCUCAGUUUGUGAAGCAGCUUGAUGGCCCUGACAGACUUACAUGCCUGUUCCAGAUAAAAAGGCUCUUGGGCCUGUGUUGCAGGUUGCUGCAAAACUGCAAUGAUGACAGUCUGAAUGUUGCACUUCCUAUGAGGAUGCUUGAAGUAUUUUCAUCUGAGAAUACCUAUUUGCCUGCUUUACAAGAUGCUAAUCGUGUAGUAUCAAUAAUUGAACAAAUCUUGCACUACGUAAUUCAAAAAGGCUACUACAGGUCUCUUUAUCUGCUAAUAAAUAACAAGCUUCCCGCAAGUAUUGAGUAUUCAGAUGUCUCUCGGGUUCCUAUUGCAAAAAUAUUGUUAGAGAAUGUUCUGAAGCCAUUGCACUUUACUUAUAGAUCCUGCCCUGAAGAUGCCAGGCAACAGAUUUUUGCUGCUUUUACAGAAGAGUUCCUGGCAGCACCUUUUACAGACCAGAUAUUCCAUUUCAUCAUUCCAGCGCUUGCAGAUGUGCAAACUUGUUUCCCUUAUGAACUCUUUCUGAAUGCACUAUUAUUAACAGAAAGCAGGCGUUCGAGGAAAAGUGAGAGAGCUCCUUGGCUUUUUUACUUUGUUCUAACAGUUGGUGAAACGUAUUUAGGAUCUCUUUCAGAAGAAGGGCUACUUGUGUAUUUGCGGGUACUCCAGACAUUUCUUUCUCAGUUACCUGUAUCUACAUCAGGUACAGAUUGUCAAGAUUCAAACAGUGACUCUGAAGAUGAAGAAAUCAGUAAGAUGACUUCCAUGCCUGGAGAUGGAAGAAUAUCAGUCCAAUAUAUAACUGAAGAGUGUCUUUCAAAGCUAGAUACAAAACAACAGACAAAUACUCUACUAAAUAUGGUCUGGAGAGAUUCUGCUAGUGAAGAAGUCUUCACACUGAUGGCUUCUAUCUGCCACACACUGAUGGUGCAGCACCGGAUGAUGGUGCCCAAAGUCAGGCUUCUGUAUAGCUUAGCUUUUAAUGCCAGGUUCCUGAGGCAUCUUUGGUAUUUAAUCUCCUCAAUGACAACACGAAUGAUUACUGGGUCAAUGGUGCCCCUCCUUCAGGUGAUAUCACGUGGCUCACCUAUGUCUUUAGAAGACUCUAGUCGGAUCAUCCCUCUCUUUUACCUUUUUAGCUCUUUGUUUAGUCAUUCACUUAUUUCUAUACAUGAUAAUGAAUUCUUUGGUGAUCCUAGUAUAGAAGUUGUAGGUCAAAGACAAUCAUCAAUGAUGCCUUUUACAUUAGAAGAACUGGUAAUAUUAUCACGUUGCCUUCGAGAUGCUUGCUUAGGAAUUAUUAAGUUGGCAUAUCCAGAAACGAAGCCAGAGGUUCGUGAAGAAUACAUUGCAGCAUUUAGAAGUGUUGGUGUUACCACAAAUACAGAAAUGCAACAGUGUAUCCAAACUGAACAGAAACGGUGGAUUCAGCUCUUUAAGGUAAUUACUAAUUUAGUGAAAAUGUUGAAAUCUAGAGAUACAAGGAGGAAUUUCUGUCCACCUAAUCAUUGGCUAUCAGAACAAGAAAAUAUUAAAGCAGACAAGGUUACACAACUUUAUGUGCCAUCAGCCAGACAUGUAUGGAGAGUGCGUAGAAUGGGAAGAAUAGGACCAUUGCAGUCUACCUUGGAUGUGGGCUUGGAUCCAGCACCUCUUUCUGUAUCUGAGGAACGGCAGCUUGCAAUAUUGACUGAACUACCUUUUGUGGUUCCUUUUGAAGAAAGAGUAAAGAUCUUUCAAAGGCUUAUCUAUGCUGACAAACAGGAGGUUCAAGGAGAAGGCCCAUUUCUGGAUGGAAUUAACGUCACUAUCCGAAGAAAUUAUAUUUAUGAAGAUGCCUAUGACAAACUGUCCCCUGAAAAUGAGCCUGAUUUGAAAAAAAGAAUUCGUGUUCAUUUACUUAAUGCCCACGGUCUAGAUGAGGCUGGUAUUGAUGGAGGUGGAAUAUUCCGAGAAUUUCUGAAUGAACUACUUAAAUCAGGAUUUAACCCUAACCAGGGAUUUUUUAAGACCACUAAUGAAGGACUGCUUUAUCCUAAUCCUGCUGCACAGAUGCUUGUUGGAGAUUCGUAUGCAAGGCACUACUAUUUCCUUGGGAGGAUGCUUGGAAAGGCAUUAUAUGAAAACAUGCUUGUUGAGCUUCCGUUCGCCAGUUUUUUCCUCUCGAAGUUGCUGGGGACAAGUGCAGAUGUAGACAUCCAUCACUUGGCUUCCUUAGAUCCUGAAAUGUACAAAAACCUGCUUUUCCUGAAGAGCUAUGAAGGGGAUGUUGAAGAACUUGGGCUGAACUUUACUGUGGUGAAUAACGACUUGGGAGAGGCACAAGUAGUUGAACUGAAGCCUGGUGGAAAGGAUAUUCCUGUCACUAGCGCUAACCGGAUUGCCUACAUCCAUCUUGUGGCAGACUAUAGGUUAAACAAGCAGAUCAGGCAGCACUGCCUAGCGUUUAGACAGGGACUUGCCAAUGUUGUUAAUCUGGAAUGGCUUAGAAUGUUUGAUCAGCAAGAAAUUCAGGUUUUGAUUUCAGGUGCACAGGUUCCUAUUAAUCUAGAUGACCUUAAAACUUUCACAAACUAUUCAGGUGGCUAUUCUGCAGAUCAUCCAGUAAUCAAAAUCUUUUGGAGAGUUGUAGAAAGCUUUGCUGAUGAUGAAAAGCGUAAAUUACUCAAGUUUGUGACAAGCUGCUCACGCCCUCCACUUCUGGGGUUUAAGGAAUUAUAUCCUGCUUUUUGCAUACACAAUGGAGGCUCCGAUUUAGAGCGGCUACCCACUGCCAGUACCUGCAUGAAUUUAUUGAAACUUCCAGAAUUUUAUGAUGAAAACCUAAUGCGGAGUAAACUUCUUUAUGCCAUUGAGUGUGCUGCUGGAUUUGAGCUGAGCUGAGCUGAGCUGAAGUUUUAAUCAAAUACUCUGUUGAAGGACUAAUUGGUGCCUACUCAUAAGCAACACCUAUACCAAGAAGCUUAAGGGAAUUCCAUGUAGGUUUCUGCAGUUCAUAUCUCCUAUUGAAUACUCUCAAGUAGGUUUCAGUUUUAAAGCAAGAUGUUAGUUUGCUGUCAUUCGUUAGCAUUUAACUACAUUGAUGCUACUUGGUUCUGAUUCAGAGUAAGGAUUGCUGUGUGCAAUUUGGUAGGCUUUCAGAGAAAGAGUGUAUUUGAGCACAGUAACAUCUUUGUGAAAAUAACCAAAGAUGAAGCUUUGGCUUCUUGUUGUUCAAAUAUAAACAAUUCCGCAAGCUGGCAAUAAAGCGACAUACAAAGCAGCCCAUGGAGAAGAAACAGGGUGAUGUCCGUGGAGAGGAGGCAAACAAUCUGCAAGUGUCUUGGACCUGAGAGGCUAAAAUAUGGUUAGGAAAAGGGGCAGAAACUGUUUACAAAUCUUUCUGCGUCUGCAAGUUAUUGCAACUGGGGAAAAUGUAUUUUUAUUACCAUGGUAGUAAAUGGUAGGCAUUGAGAGAGAAAUGUAUUUCAUCUGUGUUGUGUUGUGUUUCAAAAAGAAACAAAAACCUUCAUUAAAUCUGAAUGGACAAUGCCUUUUCUUUAGUUACUACCUUAACCAGUGUCAUGAUCAAUCAAACUAACACGCCAUGGUUUUUCCUCUGCUUUGUUAUAUUUUCUCCUUCAUGACUGUAGUCUUUGUUUAUGCAUCCCACUUCUUUUGCAUAUAGGAUACAUAUAAUAGUUGUGACUUUGGAAAAGACAUACCUGUAACAGCAAUUAAAAUAAAUUUGAACAGAAGCAUUAGGCUUUAUCUUUUAUAUCUGAAAGCUUGUGGGUGUUCAUGUACCCUUUUUAGCUUUCUUCACCUGGAAUAACUAUGCUUGCUGUAAAAACUGGACUGUCCUUUGUUAUUUGUCAUGAAUUAGCAACUAUGAAUCCAUUUGCUUAGCACCAUCUGCUUGGACACAGGGAAGCGGAGUGUGUCACUAGACGAUAUUUAAGGGAAACGUUCGUUUCAUGUGAAAAGUGGUGGUUAAGAAUGGUCACAGCACUGGGUCAGCAUUUGUUUUCAUGUGCAAUUCUCACUAAAUUAUUUUUAUAAUAUAAUUGGAACCUAAAUCAUUAACAGGUGGAAUCAAGUACAUCCUUUAUCAUCAGUUAAAAAAGAUGUGAGUACUUUACAAUUGUGGGCCACUCCAUCAGCGGUCCUCAAGAUUGAAAACUAUUUUACUGCUGGAGAAGCUCCUGAAUUUCAUAUUUAACUAGCAGUAAACAGCAAUAUAUUUUAAAUGUGCAGAAGAGCUCUGAGUGAUUUUAUGAUGUUUACUAGUGUUAGUACAAAAAUGUAUAAUUUCAUGAUUUGGAUAAGAAAUGAAGUGUUAAAAAUACUAUUUGUAGUCUCCAUGUACAGAAAUAAAACAAUUGUUUUCUUUUUA